UCUCCGUUUGGGUGGGUGGCCGAAGCAGGCCUGGUGUUCCCGUGGGCUUCUGUCUCCUCCUCCCCUCAGGAGCGCGGCGGUGCUGCUCUGCGUGGAUCCGGGCACGUCUCAGCAGAACGCGUGCGUCCUCCGGGCUCGGUGAAUGCCUGGUGACCCCCGUGCUUCACGCAGCACGGAGCCAGGAGAGCCUUUGUCAGAGAAGCCUGGAAGAUGUAAGCCCAGGAGAGAAACCUGGAGGAUGUGAGGCCAGGAGAGAAACCUGAAGGAUGUAAGCCAAGAGAGAAGCCUGAAGGAUGUGAGCCCAGGAGAGAAGCCUGAAGGAUGUAAGCCAGGAGAGAAGCCUGAAGAACACAGACUGAAGAACAGGCCUUGCAUGGUCACUCCAGAGUUAGCGACAGCUCGUUGCCAUAAACAUUUCCUAUGCAAACAGAAUCACAGCAUGGCUUGGGUUGGAAGGGACCCCAAGGAUCAUCAAGGUCCAACCCCCCUGUCAUAGGUGGGGUCGGCAGCUGCUAGAUCAACAAACAUGGACAUGGUAUGGGCUGCUAAAUCAGCAAGGACAGUCGUCAUCUCUGGUGUUCCAGAUGGUGUUCUGGACAAUGAUGUCAUGAGUGACAUACUGGUGAUUCAUUUCCAAAAGACAAAGAAUAAUGGUGGAGAUGUGGAAGAAGUGAAGUAUCCAACAACGGAAAAAGGAGUUGCAUAUGUAACUUUUGAAGAUCAAGAAGUUGCAGAGAGUGUUCUACAGAAGAGUGAGCAUCAACUAGAAGACAGGAGGCUGCCCAGAUACUAUCCUUUGAAAGUAACCCCUUACUGUGAAAAUGUCUUCAGCUCUGUCACAUCUGUUCUCGAUAUGUCCGUUUUCAAAGAUAAAUUUGUUUUAGAAGAUCUAAUACAAGAACUUAAAAAGAAGAGCACAGCUUUGAGCUUUGGUCCUUUGCAAUCCAGCGGGCGUAUUUCUGUUCAAGGGUCAUUUCCAGCAAUCAGAUUGCUAAGAGAUUUUCUGUUACUAAAAGCAAAAUCCCUCUCAGAGGACAAAAAUGAAGAGGGUAAGUCCCAUCAGACACCAAAGAAGAGGCAGCAGAAACACAGACUCACCAGAGGGACGAAUAACUUUGUUCAUGGUGCAGAAGGGGAAAAGCAAGUGGUGGUUCUUGACACAGAUAUAUAUCACUAUAUGAAGCACUUCUUUUCCAAGGAGCUCCUCGCAAAUACCGAUGUUGUAAUUUCUGACAUCAUUGAUGGUGAUAUAACUACACUACAUCUUCAGAAAGUCAGAAGCAGGCCUGAUGCUGGACAAGUAUUAAAAGUCAAGGAGAAAAUUGAAAAUCAGUCUAUAAAACUUCAUAACAGCUUACGUAAAGAAAGGAUUUACCUUGAGGGGAGCACCAGAGAUAAGAAGAAAUACAGAUUGGUGUGUGAAAGUGUAAAAUCCCGCUACCCUAAUGUUUUGGUUAUUCCUUAUGAUACUCAUAUUGAUGUGAUAGGAAGUUCUUCUGCGGUUUUUGAAUUUACACAAGAAGCAAAAAAAAAGAUUGAGAGCCUGUUUCAAAACAGGUAGGAAGAUAGCAUGCAUGCUUUUUACACAUUGUGCUUCUAGUAAACUGUUCUGGCGCAACCUGUGUCCUUCUGUGUCACUUCAGAUCUGCCUCAUUUCUCCUACACACGGUCUGGGAAGUCUGCACAAGAGGAUGAAAAAGCCCAUUCCUCCUCAGAUACCAAAUUAAGUUCAGGCCUAGAAACAAAUGAUCUUUGUAUCUCUGGUGAGCUUGGUGGAAGAAAUGAAGCCUCUUCUGUCCAGAUAGAGACACAUUUUUCCUUUCACUUGCUGCAUUCUGGCCACAUGCACUCUGUCUUGCUGUCAGGGAGUUUAUGGUGGGAAAAGAAGAAUUUUUAAAGAUUUUUCAUAAGAAAUUCUAACUGUAAAGCUGGGUGAACCAACCUGGUAUGAAAUCCUGCGCAGAAGUUCACCUGUGUUUCUUUGUGGAAGGAGAUGAGCACUGAAGGCAGGACUGGUGGCUUGCUGCUGUUGCCUUUAUCUGCAGAAGAGAGUUCUCACUGAGAUGCACAAAGAAGGCAGAGCUUUAGUAGCUGAGAAGACGGAAUGCUUGUUAAAUCUGUAGGCUUGUUGUGUCCUGAAAAAGACCUUACAUGCUGGCACUUGGAGUUCCUGAGAGAAGAAGCUAACUGAGUUUGUCUUUAUAGGAGUGAUAGCAGUCUUUUUUUUUUCCAGCAGUAACAGCAGCUGCAGCGUCCCUUGACAGCAUGUUAUUUAGACAUGAAAGUACAUCUCUAAUUUUGAUGUAAAAAUCUUGGGACAUUUAGACUUUUGAAUCAGAUUCUGUUUAUACAGUUCUUAGGCCCAAUGUGGGAAUAGAGUAGUUUUUCUGAUCCAAGUCGUCUCAUGGUGUAGAUACACCAGAUAGGAGCAGUCUUUUGUUCUGUGCAGAACUGAUUAGUUAAUGCAAUAACUAGUUUCUGUAACUGAGAACAGGAACGCCCUUACAUCCUAUUAAUACUUCCCAGUUGUGUUUUCCAGACCAUGACAGAGGUUCAUACAGUGGAGGUUUCUGCCACCUGUAAGGACGGGAUGGUCUGGUGAAGACUUAGGCAAUGUUACUUACUUUCUAGAUCGAAUGCCUUAGAACCCUGAGUAUCCCUUUUGUUAGCAUCUGUACAGAUGCACUGAGUCCGUCAGUUUUUGAUAGGUCUAGAUAUGCAUCUAGUUUUAAAAAACAUCCUUAAUUAUACUGUUUAGACUUACCUGCUUAUGUCUGCCAUGCCCUUUGCUUUCAUUUCUAGGGCUGAAUGCCUGGAGUUAAAACUGAGUGCUCGCUACAGGCUUCCAUCUCAUUCACGAGUUAAAACUGAGCGCUCGCUAUAAAAUUUCAGCCUCAUUCACUGAAAUUGGGAAUCAAGGCAGUCCACAGGCAUGUGACAGUGUAGAGUGUGUAUUUUUGAAGUUAAACCUUUUCCAUGGAGGUCCAUGAUAGGAGUCCAAACGUGCAUCCUUUUGUGAUCUAUUUAUAAAACCAAAUGGAAAGCGUGUUUUGUGAUUUCGGGAUGUUCAGAAAUACUUUGCUAAGACUUACAGACCAUUAGUUCUUUUACAUGCAAAGUCCUGUGAAAUGGAAUUUACGCUCCCAUUAAAGAAGCAAAUUACUCAAAA